ACCUCGUCUGCCGUAUCCUGCCCACUAGGCUGUUAUCGUCAACCUCCACGCGAAGCUAAACAUUGACAGUUGAUAUUUACACCCGCGCACGAUGCCGAUCGCUGUUCCAGACAAGUCUAUCAGGAUCUGUGCAGACAGGGGAGGCACGUUCUGCGACGUCCACGCGUCCUAUCCCGACCCCGAAAAUCCGGAAGAAAGGAAAGACAUCGUCGUGAAACUACUCUCGCAAGAUCCCGGCAACUACAACGAUGCGCCGACCGAAGGCAUCCGGCGCAUACUGGAGAUCGUGACAGGGGAGAAAAUCGAGCGAGGGGCCAUACUCAACACUGACAAGAUCGAUUACAUCCGGCUGUCGACCACCGUCGCUACCAACGCCCUGCUGGAACGCAAAGGCCAGAAACACGCGCUGCUCAUCACGAAGGGCUUCAAAGACCUGCUCCUGAUCGGGAACCAGUCCCGGCCCAAGAUCUUCGACCUCAACAUCCGCCGCCCAGCCCCGCUGUACUCCACCGUGCUCGAGGUGGACGAACGCGUCACGCUUGUUGGCUAUACGUCGGACCCGCACGCGGAAGAGCAUGCCGUCCAGUUCGACGACGACGGGAACAUUACGCGCGGGUAUCGCGGCAAGGGUUGGGAUGGUGUCGGGGACGCUGAGGGGCCCGGAAAGGUCGUGAGGGGCCUCUCCGGCGAGGCUGUAAGGAUCAUGAAGGAGCCAGAUCUUGACGCAGUGAAAGCAGACCUUCAGAGACUUUACGACGACGGGUACCGCUCCCUCGCCAUCGUCCUGGUGCACUCCUACACCUACCCCGUGCACGAGGAACGCAUCGCAGAGCUCGCCCGCGCCGUCGGCUUCACGCAGGUCUCCGCGUCAUCCCAACUCCUUCCGAUGAUCAAGAUGGUCCCCCGCGGCGUGUCCUCCACUGCGGACGCGUACCUCACGCCGAUCCUGCGCCAAUACCUGGACGGCUUCUUCAGUGGCUUCGAUGCGAAGCUCAAGGACGGACGGCUCGUCAGCCCCCGGGUUGAGUUCAUGGGCAGCGACGGCGGCCUGCUCGAUCUCAAGAACUUCUCGGGAUUGAAGAGCAUCCUCAGCGGGCCCGCGGGCGGCGUGGUUGGGUACGCGCUGACGAGCUGGGACGAGGACAAGAGGCAUCCGAUCAUAGGACUGGAUGUCGGCGGCACCUCGACGGACGUGUCGCGCUUCGACGGCCGAUACGAGGUCGUGUACGAAACCACGACCGCGGGCGUCACCAUCCAGUCCCCGCAGCUAGACAUCAACACCGUCGCUGCCGGUGGCGGGUCCUGCCUAACCUUCCGCAAUGGCCUCUUCCUCGCCGGCCCGGACAGCGCCGGAGCCGAGCCCGGCCCUGCCUGCUACCGGAAAGGCGGCCCGCUCGCAGUGACGGACGCGAACCUGAUGCUGGGCAGGCUCGUGCCGGACUACUUCCCGAAGAUCUUUGGCAAGAGCGAAAGCGAGGGCUUGGACGUCGAGGCGUCUCGGGUUGCGUUCGAGAAGGUGGCGAAGGAGAUCAACGAUACGCACGAGAAGAAGCUCUCGCUGGAUGAGAUCAUAUACGGGUUCAUCAAGGUCGCGAAUGAGACGAUGUGCCGGCCUAUACGUGCGCUGACGGAGGCCAGAGGGUUCGCGACGUCGAAGCAUAUUCUGGCGAGCUUCGGCGGCGCAGGAGGCCAGCACGCCUGCGAAAUCGCACAACUGCUCGGAAUCAAGACUAUCCUUAUCCACCGAUACAGCUCCAUCCUUUCCGCUUAUGGCCUUGCGCUCGCCGAUCGCGCAUUUGAGGUGCAAGAGCCGUCCUCCGCAUUCUACUCCGCCCAAACCAGAACUCAGCUCAAGAGUCGCUUGGAUGCCAUUGAGUCUCGCGUGCGCACGGAGCUCAAGGAGCAGGGGUUCGACGGCAAGCGGGUGAGGGUAGAGCGUAUGCUGAACAUGCGGUUCGAGGGGACGGACACCGCAUUGAUGAUCCUUCCCGAGGAGAAGGACGGCGAUGGGAACGAGGACUUUGAGGCGGCGUUCAAGAGGGUUUACAAGAACGAGUUUGGGUUCCUCCUCGAAACGAAGAGCAUCAUUGUGGACGAUAUCAAGGUCCGCGGCAUCGGGAAGACGUUCGACUCACUCGGCGAGUCCGUCUUUGCCGAGGUCGCAAAGCUCACGCGCAAGCCCGUUGACCUCUCGCGGGCGGCGAUGACGUACAGCGUGUACUUCGACACCGGCCGCGUGGACGAUACGCCUGUGUACGAGCUCGACAAACUCGAUAUUGGGGAUGAGGUCGAGGGGCCGGCAAUGAUCAUCGACGACACGCAGACCAUCGUCGUCAUUCCGGGGGCGAAGGCGCUUCUGACGAGGAAGCAUCUGUACAUCGAGUUGGAAAAGCGAUAGGCUCGCGCGGGAGGCAAGCGAAGAUCUAUCUACAUGAAUGUAUGGUAUCUAGGCACAGCAAAGAAAUGUAUCCAUAGAUUGUGUCG